GGCGAGGAGGAGGGAAGGCGGGCAGAGGGGCGGGUGGGGAGCGCGGAGCCAUGGGGCAGGAAGGAUGACUCGGGGCGUAUUUCGCUGCCUGAGCGCGGCACGUCAGCAGCGGCCCGAGCGCCGCGGUCCCGCCGCCCGCGGACACAUGAACCCGCCGGCAUCCCCCGGGGCCGGCCGCGACGGGGACAACGCCGAGGUGAUCCCGCUGCCUCUGGGUCCGGGCGAGAGGCACAAUCUCCGGACCCAGCGCUAGGUCGCCUCGUCAUUCCGGACGCUGCCGCCGAGAGGAGGAACGUCGGCCGGGAGGGAAGGAGGGAGCUGGGCGGCGGGUCCCGCGCUGUGCUCUAGGCACCGGCACAGCCGCCGUUCCCCCCGGGCCCCCCAUGGAUAAGGCGGGCUCGCUCCACUCCUCGGUGCCCGCGCCGCCGCCCCGGCUCUACCUGCCCCGCAACUUCAGCUGCAGCGCUUGCCUCUAUGGCAGCCUGGCCGAGCAGUGCAAGGGGGACUGCAGCCCCGACGGCGACGCCGCUCCCCCGCCCCUGGUGCGGGCGGCGGGCGAGCAGAAGCCGCCGCCCUCCCGCGGGCGGGAGCCCUCGCUGCCCGCCGUGCCGCCCAGCCCCACGCAGCGCCGCCGCGCCAAGUCGCUGCCCACGCCCGGCGACCGCAGCCUGCGCCCGGCCCUGCAGCAGAGCCCGGCCCGCCGCAAGACGGUGCGGUUCGCCGACUCGCUGGGCCUGGAGCUCACCUCCGUGCAUCACUUCUGCGAAGCCGACCUGCCGCAGGUGCCGCUGCCCGCCCCGCCGCGCCCCGCCGAUCUCUUCAAGACCAGGAAGCCGCCGGCGCUGGGCGACCUGGAGCCGGUCCUGUUCGGGCCGCCGCUGCUGGAGCCGCUCUUCCCGCCGCAGCCCGGCAGCAGCCCCGGCUUCGUGGAGCGGGUGCGGCAGCACAAGGUGAGGCUGGAGUGGGUGCGGGCCGAGCCGGUGGGGCUGCGCGGCGCCGUGCGCGUCCUCAACCUGGCCUACGAGAAGGCCGUCUCGGUGCGCUACACGCUGAACCGCUGGGCCAGCUGCGCGGAGCUGCCCGCUGCCUACCAGCCGCCCGGCCCGAAGGACGGCCUGACCGACCGCUUCUCCUUCUUCCUGCCGCUGGGCACCGCCGAGGCCGCGCUGGAGUUCGCCGUCCGCUACCGCGUCGCCGGCGCCGAGUACUGGGACAACAACGAGGGCGCGAACUACCGGCUGCGGGGCCGGCCGCUCGUCCCGCCCGCCAGCGGCCCCCCGCAGGACCCCGACAGCACCGCCUGGAUCCACUUCAUCUGAGGCGGGGCCGCCUCCCGAGGGAGCCGCGGGGCGGGCGGGCCGGCCCUGCCCUGCCCGCCGGGGGCUCUGAGGCACCGCGCGGGCCGCGGGUCCCGCCGCUGCUCUGCCGGUCGCCGGAAGAGAUUUUCCUGAGUUCUGUUUACAGAGGGAUCAUUUGUAUUUUCUAUUUCACUAGCGACGUCGAGGGGAAGCCUUGCAGGCGGUCACAGGGAGGCCGGCAGGAGGUCUCCCCCUCCGUCUGGCUGUGUCUGCCAGCAGAGCAGCCGGGGAGCUGCAGGAUUCACCGGCCGGGACCGGGAGCUGCAGGUGCCGCGGGUCAGGAUCCUCAGCUGUCGCCUCAGGGUGACGGGGGCAGCGAGCGCGGUGACAGGGCGUCCCUCCAGCCACCCCGUGCGCUUCGUCCUGCCC